UUAUGAACAAAUGCGCAUGGGCUAAAAAUAGUGAUAUAAGAUGCUUACCAGUGUGGGUAGUGUGUCUCAAAUAUCACUAACGAAUCUGACUCUGUUGACAGACCAAGUCGUUGAACCUGCUUCUUCACUGUCUUCUUUGUUGGUUGAAACCUGUUCAAGUUCCAAUAUACACGUCCACAGUAUAUUGUGCUUCCCGGAGCAGCAAUUGCCACCGACUGUAAUCAAGGUUCAUUUCGUUGCACUGCUACUUUAACGACUUUCCCAGUCGCUCUACCAUGGCAAAAGUGUCGGCGGAUACAAGCGAAAUACAAGAGCUGGUUGUGGUGGGGUCUGGUGGUGUCGGCAAGUCAUGUCUGACCGUCCGAUUUUUGAAAGACGAAUUUACAAAUGACUACGAUCCCACAAUAGAGGAGAACUACCGAAAAAAUAUCACAGUGGAUACAUCCCCAUGUACUGUGAAUAUCAUUGACACCGCUGGACAGCACGAAUAUACAGCCCUUCGAGACCAACAUCUCAAGGAAGGGAAGGGCUUUCUACUGGUUUUUGCUGUAAAUGAUAAGAGUACAUUCGAGGAGGUGAGGCAGCUGAGGGAGCAGAUUGUCAAAUUAAAAGAUACCCGACGGGUUCCACUAGUUGUCUGCGGAAACAAAUGUGAUUUGCCCGAAGAUCAAAUUGAAGUAGAUGACAGCUCAGUAGAUUCUUUCUGCCAACAGUGGAAAAUCCCAUAUUUGAAGACAUCAGCAAAGGAUAACAUCAACGUAACCGAAUCUUUUCACAGCCUGGUACGGGAAUGUCGAAGAUAUUUUCCUCCUACUGUUAGCGGUCGAGGAAGACCAACAAAAAAGGAUGCGAAGAAAAAGAAAUCUAUGUGCACGAUAUUGUAAGAAUUUAUGGAUGUUAAUUUGGGAUUGACGUGGGCGUGCCUUGAACGCCAGUGUUCAGAAUAUGGAUGCGGGGCGGUAGACUCACUGUACUCUUCUUUGUAAACCGUUGGCGAUUUAGUUGUAGUUUUGGCAGCGGAAAAAAUCACUACUUCUCUGAUUCCUCCAUAUAGCCUACCUAGCUUGAUUAUUAUUCACCGUGUAGCCAUUUAUCAGGGGCAAUUAAAGUAUCCAUCCGAUUCUGCCGCUGCCAUUGUAAUGACGAGUAAUUUCCUUUACGCUCCUCCCCUCCCGCUCUCCCGCAUCGAUCAUCUGGGCUUGACAAUGUACUUGGAAUUGUGCAAUAUCUCUCAAGGCAUUCAGUUAGGGUAUUUACCAGGUUCGAAACACGAAUUUGGUGGAAAUCCUACAACUCAGAACCCUUGCAGCAAGAAAGCGUAUCUUUUCAAGGCCCAAAUUUCGAUAGAUCUGAGCAUAGUGGGUAGCUUCAGGGCGAACCCAUUUGCAUAUGAUUAGUGAAAUUGGGAUAGCUAGUCUAGCAACAUUAGAGUGGAAGGAUAUUCACCGUCGCCUGCACACUACAAUGGUAGAAUUAUACUGACUAUUUUUCCAAUUAUUGUACUCCUACACUAUCAUGCUG